UUUAUGUGAACUUUGCUUUUUGUUUUCUAAUUUACAUUAAAUAUUUUUGUAAACAAUGCAGUAGGACAAGCGCAAAGCGCUAUAAUAUUUUUCGAACAUGAUUGCGACAGUGCCUGCCGAGCUGGCUCACUUGGAGGAUAAUUUCAAAUUAUCAGCUGCUAGCCCAAAGCUUAAUGGUCAUGUGACGUCACCGACCAACACCAGCCCCACACCCGUCCCCCCUCCCUCCGACCUACAGCCCGCCUACAAGCAGCUCUACGAGAAUUGCCACGAACAUGCCGCCUAUUUUGUAAAGGACAACACCGAAUAUGGCCAGCGCUUGCAUGCAGCUCACAUUGCCUGGCAGGACUUUAUAGUGCUGGCAAAUCGCCUUGUACUCCAAAUUGAAUCAUUUGCACACGAAUACGAUUUGGAUGCCAGCACGCCGGGCAAUGGCUAUCGCAGCUUUAUUUAUGUGACCAACGCGUGCAUUACACAUGGACGCAACAUCUGCCAGCAGUUGCUGUCCACACGCGGCACACUUUUCUUUCGCAAGAAGUUCUACGUCAAGGAGGUGGAGGCCUGCUCGCAGCUGCUCUGCUCACUCUGCACCUGCCUGCAAUAUUUGCUCAUAUUGCGUCAAUGGUCGUCUGGCACAGGUGAUUUAUUUGCCAGCGGUCAGCAUACGGCGGAGCAGCUAUUUGAACUGGGCGACACUAUCAAUCAGUAUUGUUUCUAUGGACGCUGCUUGGGUUUCCAGUAUGGCGACUCCAUACGCGGAGUGCUGCGCUUUCUGGGCAUAGGUAUGGCCAGCUAUUCGGAGACGUACUAUUCACAGGCGGACAACGGCAGCAGCGCUUUAAUCAAGACCACACGCAGUCUAUGGUCCAGUGGCAAAUAUUUGAUGAACCCGGAACUACGCGCACGCCGCAUUGUUAACAUUUCGCAAAACGCAAAGAUAGAUUUCUGCAAAUCAUUUUGGUUUCUAGCCGAAUCGGAGUUAAUGCACAAGCUGCCCAGUAUUGUGGGCAGCGCCAUUAAGGUGAAUCGUCUAAUAGAGCUGCCCGCCGAGCCCUUGCAGCUACCAGCACGUAAACAGGCCGAUGCGGAAGCCCUGAAGCAAUUUGUGGACAUACCGGUGCCAAGCGCACAUCUUGGUCCUGGACUACCUGUGUCCGUGCGCCUGCUAAGCGCCAAGCGACGCGCUGGCAUGCUAGGUGAGGGACGCUAUCGCGCUUGGCGACGUCUACUGCAGCCUAGCAAAUGCAUUCUGUUUCACUGCCAUGGCGGUGGCUUUGUGGCACAAUCCUCCAAGUCGCAUGAGCUAUAUUUGCGUGACUGGGCUGUGGAACUGGAUGUGCCCAUACUCUCGGUGGACUAUAGUCUAGCGCCAGAGGCGCCGUUUCCACGCGCUUUAGAAGAAGUAUAUUAUGCUUACUGCUGGCUGCUGAACAAUGCGCAACACUUGGGCACUACGGCGGAGCGUGUUAUCUGUGCCGGCGACUCGGCGGGAGCUAAUCUCUGCAUUGGACUGGCUUUGAAGUGUAUUGAGCAGGGCGUGCGCAUACCAGACGGCUUGUUCUUGGCCUAUUGCCCCACUCUGGUCAGUUUUGUGCCCAGUCCGGCACGUCUGCUGUGUCUAAUGGAUCCGCUGCUGCCGUUUGGCUUUAUGAUGCGCUGCCUGCGCGCCUAUGCAGCACCCAGCAUGGAGACGCUAGCGGAGAAUGCUAAGCACCAGGAGCAGCUGGCGCAAGUGCGUCAGGCACAGUUAGAUGCGGAUCAGCAGCCAAUAAGUGUAAGCUCCAGUCGGCGCACAUCCGCAAAGAGCCCACUGAGUCCGCUUAAUCUGUCGCAGCAGGAUGAGGAGAGCUGCGAUACAUUUGCCAGUGCAUCGUACCACAGCCAAACAGUGGAGCGCACCGAUUUGCCCAGCAGUGAUGGAAGCGACAAUAGCGACUGCGUAUCCUUCGAGGACGAUUCGCAGCCCAUUGAGCAUUAUCCCGUCGAGAUAAGUGCUGAUGUUCCCAAAGAUAAUGCCUCGGCAGCUUAUAUAGACAACUUUCUGGACAAGUAUCUUAUAGAUACAGCUACGAUGGAGGCCACCGAGGAGAAUACAGUGCCGGCUCCUGAAGCCGAGCUAAUCAAUGGCCACGCCAAGUACAGCUCUGAGCAAAAUAUUUUGGUAGAAACUGGACGCGAUCUAGUGGCCAUAGAUACGCUGCCGGCACGUCUGCAGGAGGCGGUUAACAAUAUUAUCAAUCGUUGCACACAGUCCUAUGAAAUCCACGGCUCAGCAGCCGGCAGUGGACAGCAGGAUGUGCGCAACAUGGAUGCGCUUAUAGCGCGCAGUCCCAGCGAGGAAUUUGCCUUUGAUGUGCCCAAGGAUCCGUUCUUAUCACCCUACUGGGCCAGUGAUGAAUGGCUGUCACAGCUGCCAGAGACUAAAAUACUUACGCUUAAUAUGGAUCCUUGCCUUGAUGAUUGCGUCAUGUUUGCCAAGAAGCUAAAGCGCUUAGGUCGAGCGGUUAGCUUGGAAAUACUGGAAGGACUACCACACGGUUUUCUAAACUUUACUAUGUUGUCCAAUGAGGCUAUGGAAGGCUCCAAGCAUUGCAUAAAAUCGCUUAGAGCCUUACUGCAAACAACACAACAAAGCAACGACGGGAGCAUCGUUGACGAUGAGACAACAUCCACGCCCAGUGCAGGAUCUGUGGACUCAGUGCCGCAUUAAGCAACAAUUUUUAGUAGAUACAUAUAUUAAUAAUUUUAUACACUGUUUGUUAAAAGCAAGAUGGACUUGUUAUAUAUUGGGACACAUUACUUGCUUUUUGAUUUAUUUUUUGCAUCUCAAAUGUUUUUUAUACACGUUUUGUAUUACGGAUAUUAUAACACAGCUUUAUAUAUUUUUUGUAAACGCAUAUAUACACAUAUACUAUAUACAUAGAUGUAAACAUAUACCAAAUUAGGCUUAAGCCUCAAUAUGUUAAACUUGCCAAUUGUUCAAGUAUUAAGACCAUGCUGCAUGCUGUCUAAUUAUGGCUAAAUUAUGUAUUUAUGUAGGCUAACAACAUUUAUACUUACGCAGACUAUUGAAUAUGUGCCUGUUGUAAACAAGCAAGUACAAUGUACUUGCAAAAAUUAUGUUUAGUUUAAGCUUUAAAAGCCUAUUGACAAGCCUGCUGAAUGAGGCACAAACAUUAAGCUCGAAUCCCCUUUUUACAAAAGAGCAAAUGCUAUUUAUUUUAUUUGAAUAUGAAAACAAUCUCUUUAUGUCUACAAUACCCAGUGCUAUGUUAAAUAAUGAAAUUA